AUGUGGGUGUAUCGCCACAAGCAGGCCGGGACGGACGGCGUCAAGACACCACUGCAACCCAAAUCCCUGAAUUCCCUCGAUCGUCUCUCCAGGCCUUUUAAAUGCCCCGGGUCUGCGACACCGACUCGAGCAUCAGAGAAACCUGCAAGAAAGAGACGAAAGGUCAACUAUGCAGACGCUGACGGCAGCACCGAGGAUGGAGCAGAGAAGCCGUACACAAACGAGGACCGACUUGCACUGGCGACCCGCGAGGUCAACCGAUUUCCAGUGUUUAAGCCAAAAGAUAAAGAUACCGCAUUCAGGACACAUUUUCGGAUCCCCUUGAUCAAUAAAUCAACCGGUGAAUACGAUGCAGGCCGGCCACCACCGACACUGGGAUUGCGGCAAGGUGCCACAUUUGUCGCCAGACCUCUUCACGAUCCAAGUGGCGAAUUUGCAAUUGUUCUUUACGACCCUACCAUCGAUGAUGUCCCGCAGGUGCCUGAAAAGAAGGAGCCGGGAGAGACAAAUGGAGAAGAUCAACCAAAAAUAAAAGAACCACUGGUACAUAAGAGUUUGGCAGAUAUUCUUGGUCUGAAAAAGAAGGUGGAGGGCCGGCCAAAGGUGCCGGUUGUAAUUGACCCGAGACUGGCCAAGGUUCUUCGACCACAUCAAGUGGAGGGUGUGAAGUUUUUGUAUCGAUGCACGACAGGGUUGAUUGAUAAAAAUGCAAAUGGAUGCAUCAUGGCAGAUGGUAUGGGUCUGGGUAAAACGCUUCAAUGUAUCUCCUUGAUGUGGACAUUACUUAAACAAGGCCCCGAGGCCGGGACGACAACUAUUCAGAAGUGUGUUAUUGCAUGUCCGUCGAGUUUGGUUGGAAAUUGGGCAAACGAAUUGGGUAAAUGGCUUGGCAAGGAUGCUACUACCCCUUUUGCGAUAGACGGAAAGGCAACCAAGACGGAGCUCACUCAACAAAUCAAGCAGUGGGCAAUCGCCUCUGGCCGCGGAAUUGUCAGGCCCGUCCUUAUCGUGUCCUAUGAAACGCUCCGCAUGAACGUGGAAGCGCUGAAGGACACGCCUAUCGGUCUACUUUUGUGUGACGAGGGACAUCGGUUGAAGAACAAGGAAAGUUUGACAUGGAUGGCUUUGAACAGUCUGAAUGUCAGCCGCCGUGUUAUCCUUUCCGGAACGCCGAUUCAAAAUGACUUGUCUGAAUAUUUUGCUCUCCUGCACUUUGCCAAUCCUAAUUUGCUAGGCUCUCAGAAUGAGUUCCGCAAACGAUAUGAACUGCCCAUUCUCCGCGGCCGUGAUGCAGCGGGUACUGAGGAGUCCCGAAAGCUUGGUGAUGAACGUCUCGCGGAGCUAUCCAGCAUUGUCAACAAGUUCAUCAUUCGCCGGUCAAACGACAUCCUAUCGAAAUACUUACCUGUUAAAUACGAGCAUGUGGUGUUCUGCAACAUGUCUCCAUUCCAACUGGGUCUCUACAAUCACUUUAUCCAGAGUCCCGAGAUUCGCAGCUUGCUUCGGGGGAAGGGAAGUCAGCCUUUGAAAGCCAUUGGCAUCUUGAAGAAGCUCUGCAAUCAUCCCGACCUCCUCGACUUGCAAAAAGACCUUCCUGGAUGCGAACACACCUACCCCGAGGACUUUACUCCCCCGGACUCCCGUGGCCGUGACCGAGAAGUCAAGAGCUGGUACUCUGGAAAGAUGAUGGUGCUAGAUCGCAUGCUUGCUCGAAUUCGCCAAGACACUAAUGACAAGAUUGUCCUUAUCAGCAACUACACCCAGACUCUAGACCUGUUCGAGAAGCUUUGCCGAUCUCGUGCAUAUGGCUGUCUGCGACUGGAUGGAACGAUGAAUAUCAAGAAACGUUCAAAGCUGGUGGACAAGUUCAAUGACCCGGAUGGCCCCGAGUUUGUGUUCCUGCUCAGUAGUAAGGCUGGUGGAUGCGGUCUGAAUCUGAUCGGCGCGAAUCGUCUCGUCCUCUUCGACCCUGACUGGAACCCGGCCGCCGACCAGCAAGCCUUGGCUCGGGUGUGGCGAGACGGCCAAAAGAAAGACUGUUUCGUCUACCGGUUUAUCGCAACUGGCUCAAUCGAAGAAAAGAUCUUCCAGCGACAGUCCCACAAACAAUCCCUUUCAUCGUGUGUCGUGGAUUCAGCAGAAGACGUCGAGCGCCACUUCUCAUUAGAAUCAUUACGAGAACUCUUCCAAUUCAAACCCGAGACCCGCAGCGAUACCCACGACACGUUCAAAUGCAAACGCUGCCGGCCCGACGGUAACCAAUUUAUCAAGGCGCCGGCCAUGCUCUAUGGCGAUACGAGUUCAUGGAACCACUUUGUUAAUAGCGGCGACAAAGGCCCCAUGGCUCAGAUUCAGGAUUUGUUGAUGCGGCAGGAGGUUGGCGAGAGGGAUGUUUCGGCUGUUUUCCAGUACAUUAGCCAUUGA